GUCACAGCCGGCCCAGAAAACACCGUGACGUACGAACUGCAUUCCCGGCCUGAGCAAGACAAGUUCUCUCAAGCUGCAAAAAUAGCAGAAUUGGAGAAGCGUCUGGCUGAGUUGGAGGCAUCAGUUCGUUGUGAACAGGAUGUGCAGAAUCCUCUGUCUGUUGGACUGCAGGGCGCUAGCCUAAUGGAAACCGUGGAGCUCUUGCAGGCCAAAGUCAACUCCUUAGAUGUGGCAACUCUGGACCAGGUGGAGGCAAGGCUACAGAGUGUUUUGGGAAAAGUGAAUGAGAUUGCCAAGCACAAAGCCACAGUAGAGGACACAGACACUCAAAGCAAGGUCCAUCAGCUGUAUGCACUUGUGCAGGAGUGGAGCCCCCUGGCUAGCACCCUACCUGAGGUGGUGCAGCGCCUCGUGGCCGUGCGGCAGUUGCAUGAACAAG